AUGAAAAAAGACUCCUCGGUGGCUGACCUUCUUAGUGACAUCGACGACUCCUCUUUGAAAAUACACUCCAUGUACCAGCACAAGGCCUACCUUCCUCAUAACAAACGUGUGUCCAACAUUGCCUGGCGUAUCCAGAACCAGAAAGCCUUGAAACGCCACCAGGGAUCUGGUGCUGCUGUUGAAAAACCAGUCCAUAAACGUAAAAGCGUCGAUAUGGACGAUCACUUUGACUAUGUGGCCCAUAUUCGCCGUAUUUCUCAGGAAGAAACUACCGAAGAUACGGAUGCUCCCAAGAAGAAUGAACCUCGCUCCAUUCCUAACCCUCUGGCUUCGGCCCCAAUUUCCACUCCCCAGUCGCUGGUCGAUAACAAACCUAGGGGCCCGCAGAAGAAUGCCAAUAAUAACGACAAUCUGAACUCCUUCCUUUCUUCAUACAUUAGCUCGCUUGAAUCCACCUUGAAACAAGACUAUAAGCUAUCUCAGCCAGGUGACGCUUCUGCUGCUUCUUCACAAUCAAAGGGCUCCCCUCUGCGAGCGUAUAGCAUGUCCCAUCCUUCUGCAUCGGCUCUUACGCCUGCUCCGCUGGUAAACUCGAAAAAUGAUAAGAAUGACUCUUCCUCGAAGCCAUGCUUGCAAUGCACCAACUGUCACACCAGAACCACACCUUUAUGGAGAAAAACAGCCCAGGGUGACCUUCUUUGCAACGCCUGUGGUCUUUUUUAUAAACUUCACGGCAUUUUGCGUCCCCUCAACAACUCAGCUCUGGCCCAGCAUGGCCAGCCAUCGCCUGUUUCUCGAUACGGUGCUGCCUACGAUGCUCGCUACAACGGCGGCAGAAAGUCCUUGGACAAUGUGAUAUCCAACAACAAUACCGGUCUUUUCAACCAGCUCAACAAGGACUCUCCAAAGCCUUUGGACGCUUUUAGCAUUCCUGGUGCCAUUUCCCCAUACGACGACCAUGUUCUGACCUUCCUAGAUUUCCAGCACUCGCCGGCACAGGACACAGUAAACCAGAAUGAUAUUCAGAACGGAACCGAUGAGAUGGAUAAGCUUCUUAAUAUGAACCUUUUUCAGCUGGACUCCUUCACCAUUGGCGCCGAUGACUCACCACUGCAUCAACUUGGCGAUUUCGCUUCUAUGGACACAGACGCCGGUUUAAACAACUUGGCCCAUCUUGAGGCCACUGACGAGAUACUUAUAGACGAACCUGCGAACAAGAAUAGUUCAUGGAACUGGCUUGAUUUUGGGCCUGCAACCACCACGGGCGGCGAUUAG